AUGGUUAAAUUUGGGAUCUUUUUGGAUAAUGAAACCUCAAGUUUAGAUUCUGGGAAGAUUGAUGAAAAAUCUAUAAGUUUGGUCAAGGUCCAACUUGGUGAUAGGAGCUUAGAGGGUGUUCUGAUUAAUGCAGGUGAUAACAAGGAUAAUCAAAUACCAUCUUCUAAAGGAAUGUUUACAACCCUCUUAAAAAUCUCUCAAGAGUGUUCUCAAGCUAUUCAAGAGUUGCUCAAGGAAGUUUCGUUCAUCAAGAAUCAUGUUUUGGGAAAGGGAAUAGCCAAUAAUUAUGAUAACCACAAUUAA